AGGUAAAGCUUUUAGUUUUUCAUUGUUAAAAGUGCUUUUAUUGGAUAACCUUGGUUACUUUUUGGUAUAUCAGCAGCAUAACAUUACAGUCAUGCACAAAAUUGUCAAAAGUUCAUACUUUUUGUUAUUUCAGAGUUCCUGUAGCAAUGCGUGAAGUUAAAAGAAGGACGCUUUUACUUUACAAUCAAAGAGAUAAGCUGCUACAGGAGGGUCAAGCAGAGCGACCUAAGCAGAGCCAAAGGUUGAGAGACCAGGAUGAAGAUGAGAAAAGAAAACAUCUGCUGAGACAAAAGGGCAGAGGAGGAGAGCUGCCGAAGAAAAAGAGAAGGAGGGAGCUGUCUGAGGAGAAAAAAAGUCCAACAUCUCCCAGACAAAAAGAGGCAAAAAGGUUUAAAAAAGAGAGGGAGAAGGACACGCAUGGAAAGAAGAAAGGAACAGAAGAAAAGAGUAUCAUAGUAGAAGAAAGAAGUGAAACAAAGAUGGUUCGUGAGGAGCUGGUGGUUCGCCUCAACGACCGAGAAUACAAGAACUGGCUAAAGGCCGGCCGGUGUCUGAUCAUUCUGAAGGACGGCCUGCUGUCCUACACAGACCAGCAGAUGAGAAGCUUCCACACUGAUCUGCUCAAUAAAAGCUCUCUGCUGAGGAGUCCAUGUCUGACCUCUUCAUGCAAACCAAGAGGAAGUAAGCUGUCCUCAACUUGUAGACCGUGUUCCGAGUGGCAGAAGGUGAUCCUGAUGCACCACAGAACCCCAGAUGGGACCAUCAACUGGGCAAACUGCUCCCCCCCACUGUGGAGGACUGACCACUGGGAGGUGGCCAAGGCCUACAUGCCCCGAGGUCAGGGUCAAGUGAGGGGUGCAGAUCAGUGUGAUGCAUCCGCUCUGCUCAACCUGAUCAACUUCUGCAAAUGGUUCUGUGCUGAAGAUCCCAAAUCUGCCAGGCAGGUGAUCCAGUGCAGGAACGAACUGAUGCACUCAAAUGAAUUUCGAGUCAAAGAUGAAUGGAUGAGGAAGUACCGCGCAGCUCUGCAGCACUUUGUGCAGCAGUUCAGCCACAUUCCACGCAUGGCAGCGGUGGGUCGACAAAUAGAAGACAUGCUGGCUGUUGACCUGUCCAUAUGUGUCUUUGGGGAGGACCAAACAGAUUCUGCUUGCAUGUUGAAUGAUUCUAUCAGGCAGCUGGAAACCAGUGCUGAGGUGGUCAGCCAAUGGGAAGCUGCGCUGCUGCAGGAGAUGCUGCAGGAGUGUCUGCAUGCUGCUCCUGACAGUGAGGCGGCUAACGCACAGGACACAAAGCUCCUGAAGAGCCUGGGGGGCUUUCUGCGGAGCAACAAAGACUUGAGCGAGAGGUUUUCUACAGAACUCCAAGCUAUCACUGAGCUGGAAGCCAGAGAAUAGCGGAUGGGCUGAAAAUGUUGGGUUUUUUUUUUUUUAGUUUGUGUUCUGGAUGAGUGUAAGAACAAAGCAAGACACUAAAAGCAGUCAAACUACAAGUGGGAAAUUCUUUCUUCCACGAAAUAAAACCCGAAAUAAACCCAAAAAAAAGACUCAAGACAAACAAAGAAAUAAAAUUAAAUAUACAUACAUAUAUCAAAUAAAGGAUAAUGAAUGGACAG